GUCAUGACGACUUUCUCCUAAUCCUUAAAAUAAAAAAGGAUCCAAACCAAUAGGUGAAUCAACAUACGACUUGAUUGCAGGCACGACUGUUUAUUUAUCACCUCAUCAUAUCUUCCUACAUUAGUUUGUCUUUUUUUGUAAUGCUUCACCGAAGUUGCUUUUAGUUUCUCUCGACUCCAAACAACACAAAAAUGAAACUGGAAGACUUACUUGUGGAAGACGAAACCAAAGAUCAACCUGGCGUUAGCGUUGCGGCUCUUCUUGAUCAUCAUCGUCGUCACCCCCAGCCCCUGCAACAACAACCAUCAAAACUGAAUGAGCAAAAGAGCGAAGAAGAGAAGAAUGAUUUGUUAAAGAAGAAGCAAAAGCGAAUUCUUCAAAAAGAAGUGAUGAAAAUGCAAGGAGAGCUAGAGGACGAACAAGCACUAAACAAGGCUCUACGUGAUAUGCAUCGUGGUCCCGUCAUGUCUCAGCCACGUCUCUCUUUACUGCUUCUUCCUCCUCAGGUUCAAGAGCUCAUAGAAGAGCUUGCGACGGUUGAGGCAGAGAUACUCUGUCUUGAGAAACGAAUCCAAGACUUGAAACUUGAUGUGUAUAGUGAGAAAAAAGAGAAUAAAGAACUCGAAGCCAGUAUUGAUGAAGGAGAAGAAGAGAGGUUGAUGAAUCCUAAGAGACUACUACAAAGGCUGAAUCAUCUUCCUUGCGAUGCUGACAAUGACAUUAUAAAGAUGAGAUCUGAGGAUCUAAAACACAGAUCCAAGUCGCAGAGUUAUGCAGAUCAUCAUGUUGUCAAGGAUAUUCAAAUGAACAGUCCUCGUACUCAUGCGUCAAUUGGAUCAACUAUGGAGUUCUCAUCAAGAAUCCAUUCUUCGACUUUUUCUGAUGGAACAUCAAGAACACAAGAGAGUAAGAAUGUGCAAGAGACGACACCAAACGGAGUAUCGGAAGAUCUGGUGAAAUGCUUGAUGGGAAUCUAUCUGGAACUCAACAGGUCUUCGCGAGAACGAGAAGGGUCAAAAACUGUUUCAAAGCUGAGCCUUACACACCUCAAGAACGCUUCUUUCAAACGCAAAUCGUUGUAUGACCAUAACGCAUCGAAUCUUGAUCCUUACGGAGCUGUGAUGGGGACUUCUCUUAGAGACAUAGGAGAGUACAAGAACUUCAUCCAUAUCACUCGAACCUCCAUUGAUGUUAGCCGUUUAUCCGAUUGCUCCACUUCUCUUGUCAAUUUGAGGGUUUUGAAGGAGAAGUUGAGCAAAGUCGAUUUGAGUUUCUUGAACCACAAGAAAAAGAUGGCAUUCUGGAUCAAUACCUACAACGCCUGCGUUAUGAAUGGAUUUUUGGAACACGGACUACCUUCAUCAAAAGAGAAACUACUGACCAUUCUCAAAAUGGCAACAAUUGACGUGGGAGGUACUCAACUGUCUGCUCUAGAUAUCGAAGGAUCCAUCUUGCUGAGUCCAUGCGAACCUAGGGAAUCUUUUUCAGCCGGUGAAAGCGAAGUAAGAAUACAGCAACGCUACGGAUUCAGAUGCGUAGAGCCAAACCUAAUGUUCGUGCUUUGUCGUGGAGAUUGGUCCUCACCUGCUUUGAGAGUCUAUACAGCAGAAGAUGUUGUGAACGAACUAAUCAAAGCAAGAACAGAGUAUCUAGAAGCUUCCAUCGGUGUAUCGGGAAGGAAAAAGAUUGUGAUUCCGCGAUUCUUACACAAACGUCUACAGGAUUUCGCUGAGGAUGAAGGGUCGUUAAUUGAAUGGAUAUGCAGCCAAUUACCACCAGUCCAACGUUGCUUGCAGCUCAAGGAAACAGCGGUUGAGUGGUUGAACAAGAAAGGUGAAUCUCAAUUGAAAAAAAUGAUAGAAGUGAGAUCUUUAACACUUAGGAUGAGGAACACGACAAGCAAUGAGAAGUCUGGGCAAGAGGACAGGGUUCUUAAUAAAAUACUUACAAGCACAUGGUUGUGGCUUUACCAGUCUUCCACAACAACUGGAAAGCUCGAGGUGAAAGUCUCAUACCGGACUUUCCUGUGUCCCUAUUGCCCCGAUAACAAGAAGAAGGUUGGUUUGUAUGUUGACAUCCUUCAGCAUGCUUCUGGAGUUGGUAAUAGCAAAUCCAAGAAAAGAAGUUUGACUGAGAAGGCAAGCCACCGUGCUCUUGCCAAAUACCUUAUUAAAGAUCUUGCACAUUACGCCACAAGUACAAUAUCUAAGCGCUUAAAAGCUAGAACAUCAUUCACGCCUGCUGAAAGCGGUGAUACUCCUCUAGUUUAUGAUGAUGAUCAAUUCGAGAAACUUGUGUGGCCUUGGAAAGGCGUUUUGGUUAAUAUUCCCACGACGAUUACACAAGAUGGUCGGUCUUGUACUGGAGAGAGUGGUCCAAAACUUAAGGAUGAGUUAAUCCGAAGAGGAUUCAACCCAAUUAGAGUUCGUACUGUGUGGGAUCGUUUCGGUCAUUCAGGAACCGGGAUAGUGGAAUUUAACAGAGAUUGGAAUGGACUUCACGAUGCUUUGGUGUUCAAGAAAGCCUAUGAAGCAGAUGGUCAUGGGAAAAAGGAUUGGCUGUGUGGUGCUACUGACUCGAGACUUUAUGCAUGGCUUGCCAAUGCUGAUGAUUACUAUAGGGCUAACUAUUUAGGAGAAACCUUACGGAAGACGGGUGACCUCAAAAGUAUUUCUAGGUUUGCAGAAGAAGAGGCAAGGAAAGACCAAAAGCUUUUGCAGCGUCUGAACGUAAUGGUUGAGACUAAACAAUAUCGGUUGAAAAAGUUAGAGAUAAAAUAUUCACAGGAUUCAAUUCGACUUAAGUAUGAGACUGAAGAAAAAGAAAAGAUUCUCCAUGGUUACAAUGAAGAUCUGACAGGAAGACAACAAAAAUCGACUGAUCAUUUCAAUAGGAUCUUUGCUGAUCAUGAAAAGCAAAAGGUGCAGCUGGAGUCUCAGAUAAAGAAACUUGAAAUUAGAGAGUUGGAGUUGGCAAAACGUGAGGCGGAGAAUGAAACACAGAGGAAAAUAGUGGCAAAAGAGCUUGAACAGAAUGCUGCUAUAUUUAGUUACGCUCAACUAGCUGCCAUGGAACAACAAAAGACCAGAGAGAAAGUGCAAAGAUUGGCUGUAGAUCACAAGAUGCAAAAGGAAAAGCUUCAUAAGAGAAUUGCUGCACUAGAAAGGCAGCUUGAUCAGAAGCAGGAGCUUGAACUGGAGGUCGAGCAACUGAAAAGACAGCUGAGCGUGAUGAGACUCGUGGAAUUGGACAGUGGUUCUGAAAUUGUGAACAAGGUGGAGACCUUCCUCAGAGACCUUAGUGAGACGGAAGGAGAGCUUGCACACUUAAAUAAAUUUAAUCAAGAUCUUGUUGUUCAAGAGCGCAAGAGCAAUGAUGAGCUUCAAGAAGCUCGAAGAGCAUUGAUAAGUAAUUUGAGAGACAUGAGAUCGCAUAUUGGUGUUAGGAGAAUGGGGGAGCUUGACACCAAACCGUUUAUGGAAGCAAUGAGAAAAAAGUACUGUCAAGAAGAUUUAGAGGAUUGGGCAGUUGAAGUUAUCCAGCUCUGGGAGGAAUAUCUUAAGGACCCAGAUUGGCAUCCUUUUAAACGGAUAAAGCUUGAGACUGCAGAAACAGUAGUGGAAGUAAUAGAUGAGGAUGACGAGAAGUUAAGAACCCUGAAGAAUGAACUGGGGGAUGAUGCGUAUCAAGCAGUGGCAAAUGCAUUGCUGGAAAUAAACGAGUAUAAUCCAAGUGGAAGGUACAUCUCCUCAGAGCUAUGGAACUUCAGAGAAGACAGGAAGGCUACGCUUGAGGAAGGUGUUACUUGUCUACUCGAGCAAUGGAAUCAGGCGAAGCAUCACAAGCCUUAAAUGUUAUAUUUGCAUUUACCCGUUGCAGGAGAUGGAAAAUAGGUUUUGCGCAUAAAAGAUGUCAAAAUGC